GCAUUUUUAUUGAUAAAAGUGAUAGAGGUGAAAUUGAAAAGCAAUUUUUAGAAAGUGAUAUGAUCAAUGAAAAUUUACCAAUAAUCAAAGAAAAAUUCCACACUAUAUAUACAAGUAUAUAUACAAGUAAACCAUUAAACACAUUGGAAAUUAGCAAAAGAUUAUCAAACUUAAAUCUAAAUGGUAGUAAAUCUGUUGGUAUAGAAAUUCAAAUUGAUUUUUAA